GGAAGGCUUGGUGACUGGCAGCCGGGGAUCCAACCUUCACAUGCCGGCUGCUUCUUUUGCUACUUCCUAUCAUUUUAAAACACAAAUAACACAGUGAAUCCAUGGCUGCCAAAGGGAUGAACCUCUGCAAUGUCUGCUGCCUGCUCCUUUACGCCAUCACGGCGGUGCUGGCCGGCCGAGAUUUCUACCAGAUCUUGGGGGUAACCAAGAGUGCAUCAAUCAGGGACAUCAAGAAGGCCUACAGAAAGCUGGCUCUGCAGCUACACCCUGACAGGAACCAGGACGACCCAAAAGCUCAGGACAAGUUUGCAGAUCUGGGAGCAGCUUAUGAGGUGCUCUCAGACGAGGAGAAAAGGAAACAGUAUGACGCAUACGGAGAAGAUGGACUCAAAGAGGGUCACCACGGCUCACACAACGACAUCUUCUCCAGCUUCUUUGGUGACUUUGGGUUCAUGUUUGGAGGCAACCGGCAGCAACAGGACAGGAACAUCCCCAGAGGAAAUGACAUCAUACUAGACCUGGAGGUCAUGCUUGAAGAGGUGUACUCUGGGAACUUUGUAGAGGUUGUACGGAACAAGCCCAUAGCCAAAGAAGCCCCCGGCAAGAGGAAGUGCAACUGCAGACAGGAGAUGAGGACGACGCAGCUCGGACCUGGUCGCUUCCAGAUGACUCAGGAGAUGGUGUGCGAUGAGUGUCCCAAUGUGAAGCUGGUAAAUGAAGAGAGAACCUUGGAGGUAGAAAUUGAACAAGGAGUUAGAGAUGAGAUGGAGUACCCCUUUAUUGGAGAAGGGGAACCUCACAUCGACGGAGAACCUGGAGAUCUACGUUUCCGCAUCAAAGUGUUAAAACAUCCUGUGUUUGAACGCAGAGGAGAUGACCUGUACACAAACGUCACCAUCUCCCUGGUGGAGGCACUGGUCGGCUUUGAGAUGGACAUCGAACAUUUGGACGGCCACAAGGUUCAUAUAGUGAGAGAUAAGAUCACCAAGCCCGGUGCUCGAAUGUGGAAGAAGGGGGAGGGGCUUCCAAACUUUGACAACAUCAACAUCCGAGGUUCCCUCAUCAUCACCUUCGAUGUGGAGUUCCCUCAGACGCAGCUCGAUGAUCAGCAGAAAGAUGGUAUCCGGGGUCUUCUGAAGCAGGGCUCUGUACAGAAGGUUUAUAAUGGACUACAAGGAUACUAGCACACCAACAGACACAGCCUGGACUGAGUGAUCUGUGUCACACACACACACACACACACACACACACACACACACACACACACACACACACACACACACACACACGUCUUCAAUCAACAGGACCGUGCUCCAUGAUUCUGGCCAGGGUGUAUUUAUUAUUUUCAGAUUGUUCUCAGGGUGGCUUGAACCCAAUUUCUUUAUAAUGUUCUACAUUUUGACGGCAGUGGCAAAAUUGCAGGUAUUUUUUAUUUGAGGUGUAUAAAAGGAAAGGAAAGGAUGCCAUGUCUUUUAUUGUACUUUUUUUUUUUUUUUUUUUUUUUUUUGUCCCCAAAUUAUAUUGUAAUAAGGCUUUUUUCUUUUGGUUUAUCUUAAAAAGCAAAAUCAAUUCUUUCUCUCUGAGUGAAUUUAAGAGAACACUGUCUACUAAUGUGCCACCCACCGCACUACAUCUGCUGAACGAUGAGCUACUGAAGAAGAACAUCCCUUACCAACUUUUGAACAACUUUCAACCUGUGCAAGACGUUUUGUAUUAGUUUUAAGAAUGUAACAGCUUCACCUUUUGACUGGCUUUGUUCCGGUCAGACUCCUGUUCAAUAACACUUUGUAAAUAGGGAACAACAAGGCUCAUCUGUUUGUUGUGUUUUAAGUUUUCCUAAUUUAUGUUGGCUCUUACUUGCCUGUUUACACGUUGCAACGGGACAAACUGGCCGCAAUGCACACCCCCCCCCCCCCCCCCAGGUUCACUGUGACGAGAGUUGACCUCUUAAAAUUAAACAGUGACGUUUUUUUUGUUUUUCUUUGAGGAAUGGCGUCACGUCCUCCAGCGCCACUGUAGGAAAAAUGUACUUCCACACACCUGUGACACUCUCCCUGUCUGGGCUGAACACCUUGAAAAUCAAAGGGACCUCACACGAUGCAGUAUCAGCAUCCCUGUUGCUCUUACUGACCGCCAACCGCUUGGUUUAUAAUGUGGUUUUAGGAUUUCACCUCCCUCUGUUUUUAUUAUCGACUGCAACGCUGCCUCCCAAUGUUGUGAGCGUGUCAUGGCCUUAUGGGGGGGGGAUGAUGUACUUUUGACUGACGAUAUAAAAUAAAGAUUUCUACAAAUUCUGAUGACAUGUCAUACCCCAGAUCUACCAGCAGAUGACAUCAGUUAGUAACCCUGACCUCCAAGCUGCAGUGAGUGUCGUGCAGGACCUUUCUUGCCCUGAACUGAGCCUCUCAGGAAGCACACAGUGGUUCAAAUUGAGAAACAUCGCCUGAAAUGGAAAAAGAAAUGUUUUAAUAUGAGAGUACACCAGCUGUUCCUUACUGUUUCGUAGUUUUUUGGGGCCAGAUCUGUAUCUGAUUUUGAAGAACAUAACCUGUAUUAUUGUGAUAAUAGGCAAAUCAAUAGCCUACAGAUUUGUCGUAUGGGGAUUCAUAUUUCCAAUUUGUUUAAUUAUAACGGUUAAAUCUAAGGAUUUGUAACAAUCAGUAUAUGUAAUGUUUUCCCCAAUGAAACAUUUAAA